AUGAUCACACAAAUAGUGAAGAACAAGUGGGGUACUCUGCGCGCAGAGUCCACUGAAUCCUUCACAGGGCGAAAUGUCCUAGUCACCGGUGCCACCUCUGGGCUAGGGUAUGCGGCAGCGGCCAAGUUCGCGAAGCUAGGGGCAUCAGAGAUCAUCAUCACAGCACGAGAUGAGGUCAAAGGCGAGACAACCAAGAGCAAACUCGAAGCAGAUGUCGACCAACCAUGUCAAUUUGAAGUCUGGCAGCUCGACAUGAAUUCAUACGACAGCAUCGUCAAGUUUUCGCAGCGCGUUGUUACCGAGCUCGAUCGUCUAGACGUCGCCAUACUUAACGCCGGGAUCUUCAACGCUGCAUAUAGGUCGUCGACAUACGGCUGGGAGGAAAACCUACAAGUUAAUACACUUUCCACAAUAUUGCUCGGUAUCCUCCUCUUGCCAAAGUUGAAAGACUCGCAAAAGCACACAGGAAAGAUACCUAUAUUGCAGUUUGUAAAUUCGCGCGCACACAAGACGGUGGAGAUACCUACCAAUGUCCGAACACAAGAUGACUCCAGCAUCCUGGCUGAACUCAACAAACCACAAAAGGGCAAGCGAGCCCUGGAACAAUACUCUUAUUCGAAACUUCUCCAAAGAUAUACCGCUAUCCAGCUAGCAGCAACAACGCCGUCAAAGGAAGUUAUAAUCACAUGUACCUGUCCUGGUAUGGUUAUAACGGACAUUUCACGCGACGUUAGAUUUCUUGGUGUCAACAUCGUCAAGGCUAUCGUGCACACUAUGUUGUUUCGGACCGCAGAUCAGGGCGCCAACACUUACAUCAGUGGCGCAGCGCAGAAUCAAGAAUUACAUGGGAGGUUUUGGACGAACGAUGUAAUUGAAACUGAUGGGCAAAAUAUCAUGGGAGAGGAGAGCCAGAAGGUUGCGCGAAGGGUAUGGGAUGAGAUUGUGGAGGAGCUAGCAAGGCAUGUGCCUGAGGUCAAGGAGCACCUUUGA